GUGCAGUCAAACCGCUGAGUUUGUCUUCAGUCCAUGGCUUCAGGACCUCGUUACUCGCCUCUCCUCCUCUGCGACACAGGCAGCAGCCGUCACUGUCCAUGAUCCAUAUCGCCGGGUUGGACCCUGGCACGGCUCCUCCCAACCUCGACGUCCUCUACUUCUCUGGAGUUUUUGUGUGCCUAGUGGCUGCUGGCCUCAUCCAGUUCCAGACGUAUGCGGGAGAUGUGGGACUGGAGAAGUUUCUGCGUCAGGGGCCCGAGGACAAGAACUGGGAGCGGAAGCAGGCGCGGUCGGCCAUGAGCGACAAGCUGAGGAAGAACGAGGAGGCGAAAGGGUCCUGGCUGGCGAGCGUCUUACCGAAGCUCGACUUCGUGGAGGUUUAUGGGCAGGAGAAGCCGGAGAAGGAGGCAAAAGAAGGAGGAGCUGAUAAAAAGGAGGAGGAAGAGAUGAAAGAUAAGCAAGACUCCAUGAUGAAGGCAGUGGAAAGACAGGACUUCCAACAAGUGCAGGAACUCAAGGAGGAGCUGAAAAGGUCGGAGGACAAGUGAAUACAGUUACCAUGCUCGCUUGACUCGAGGCCGAGGACGGGCGCUGCCCUCUGCUGCCGCAAAGAGGAGAGAGACGAUGAUAGGGAUAGCUGCAGAGGAGGAGGAAGAGGAGGAAAUGCGAACGGGGUGGGAUGGAGGAAGGGGAAGAUGAAGGGGAGGAACAGCAAUUGCCCGACUAGAGGAGGCAGACUUUCUUACGGCCGCACAGCGAAGGAUCUCUUCAUGGGCUCCUC